GCAGUAGUGCUAGCGGCUUCGCGGUUCGGUCCUCGGACCCGGCAGCCGCCACUGGUGCUGAGCUGCUAGGAAGCCCCUAUCGGCGAGCUCGUUGGAGCUUGAACCCAUUGUCACCCCUCCGACUCACCGGCCAAAAAACAAAAAAUGGUUGAAGCAGAUCGCCCAGGAAAGCUCUUCAUUGGUGGGCUUAAUACGGAAACAAAUGAGAAAGCUCUUGAAGCAGUAUUUGGCAAAUAUGGACGAAUAGUGGAAGUACUCUUGAUGAAAGACCGUGAAACCAACAAAUCAAGAGGAUUUGCUUUUGUCACCUUUGAAAGCCCAGCAGACGCUAAGGAUGCAGCCAGAGACAUGAAUGGAAAGUCAUUAGAUGGAAAAGCCAUCAAGGUGGAACAAGCCACCAAACCAUCAUUUGAAAGUGGUAGACGUGGACCGCCUCCACCUCCAAGAAGUAGAGGCCCUCCAAGAGGUCUUAGAGGUGGAAGAGGAGGAAGUGGAGGAACCAGGGGACCUCCCUCACGGGGAGGACACAUGGAUGACGGUGGAUAUUCCAUGAAUUUUAACAUGAGUUCUUCCAGGGGACCACUCCCAGUAAAAAGAGGACCACCACCAAGAAGUGGGUGUCCUCCUCCUAAGAGAUCUGCACCUUCAGGACCAGUUCGCAGUAGCAGUGGAAUGGGAGGAAGAGCUCCUGUAUCACGUGGAAGAGAUAGUUACGGAGGUCCACCUUGAAGGGAACCGCUGCCCUCUCGUAGAGAUGUUUAUUUGUCCCCAAGAGAUGAUGGGUAUUCUACUAAAGACAGCUAUUCAAGCAGAGAUUACCCAAGUUCUCGUGAUACUAGAGAUUAUGCACCACCACCACGAGAUUAUACUUACCGUGAUUAUGGUCAUUCCAGUUCACGUGAUGACUACCCAUCAAGAGGAUAUAGCGAUAGAGAUGGAUAUGGUCGUGAUCGUGACUAUUCAGAUCAUCCAAGUGGAGGUUCCUACAGAGAUUCAUAUGAGAGUUAUGGUAACUCACGUAGUGCUCCACCUACACGAGGGCCCCCGCCAUCUUAUGGUGGAAGCAGUCGCUAUGAUGAUUACAGCAGCUCACGUGACGGAUAUGGUGGAAGUCGAGACAGUUACUCAAGCAGCCGAAGUGAUCUCUACUCAAGUGGUCGUGAUCGGGUUGGCAGACAAGAAAGAGGGCUUCCCCCUUCUAUGGAAAGGGGGUACCCUCCUCCACGUGAUUCCUACAGCAGUUCAAGCCGCGGAGCACCAAGAGGUGGUGGCCGUGGAGGAAGCCGAUCUGAUAGAGGGGGAGGCAGAAGCAGAUACUAGAAACAAACAAAACUUUGGACCAAAAUCCCAGUUCAAAGAAACAAAAAGUGGAAACUAUUCUAUCAUAACUACCCAAGGACUACUAAAAGGAAAAAUUGUGUUACUUUUUUUAAAUUCCCUGUUAAGUUCCCCUCCAUAAUUUUUAUGUUCUUGUGAGGAAAAAAGUAAAACAUGUUUAAUUUUAUUUGACUUUUGCAUUGCUUUUCAACAAGCAAAUGUUAAAUGUGUUAAGACUUGUACUAGUGUUGUAACUUUCCAAGUAAAAGUAUCCCUAAAGGCCACUUCCUAUCUGAUUUUUCCCAGCAAAUGAGGCAGGCAAUUCUAAGAUCUUCCACAAAACAUCUAGCCAUCUAAAAUGGAGAGAUGAAUCAUUCUACCCAUACAAACAAGCUAGCUAUUAGAGGGUGGUUGGGGUAUGCUACUCAUAAGAUUUCAGGGUGUCUUCCAACUGAAAUCUCAAUGUUCUCAGUAUGAAAAACCUGAAAUCACAUGCCUAUGUAAGGAAAGUGCUAUUCACCCAGUAAACCCAAAAAAGCAAAUGGAUAAUGCUGGCCAUUUUGCCUUUCUGACAUUUCCUUGGGAAUCUGCAAGAACCUCCCCUUUCCCUUCCCCCAAUAAGACCAUUUAAGUGUGUGUUAAACAACUACAGAAUACUAAAUAAAAAGUUUGGCCAAAACCAA